AUGGGCUUGAUACGAGCCGUCGCUUUCUGCGGCCUGGUGACCGAUCUACUUCAGCAACUCCUCGACGCCAGCGCAGAAACUCGCCUCAUCGUCUGUGGCACCAGAACCGAGUUCCUGGUACAAUUAUCUGCCGCUAUUCAGUUACAACGUGCUGAUCCAAAUUACGUACUGCGUCACGACCUGCUCACGAAGACCAUCGGACUAUUGGCAAAUGCGAGCACAAUUAAACUGACGUUCUGUCCGUCUCUGGAGAGUCUCCGGGCCUACCUUUCAGUCUUAGUUCCAGAUAAUGCGGUCUCACGUGGAACUGAAAGUCCCCAGGGCAACGCGAUGCUAGCGAUUCUGGAUAUGGUAGCCCUGCAUGGGACAACUACCGAGUUCUCCGCGCAGGGACUAUCGAGAACAUUUGCUGCUUCUGUCGAGUCUGCCUCCCGCGCCAAAAUGGACCUGAUGCUCUGUGAAUGCACCAAUGCUGUGAACACUACGAGCGCUGAUUGGGGAGCGAAACUAUGGGAUACGCAAGUUCCCCUACUUAACGGUUCUGUUCGACUACGCGGUGAAGAAGGAAGCUGGGGUGGGCGCGGUGUGUCUGUAAAGCAAGUUGCCCAACGCUGGUUCCAAUUCGGCGAAGGGAAGCACGUAUAA